GUGGUCUAGUAUUAUGGUUCAUAUUAACCACAGUUACUAGUUUUGCGUCCGAAAUUCACCAAGAAGGUUAUUGUGUAAUGCAUGAUCAAUGCGGUCAAAAAUCGGUCUUUGGAAAACAAUUAAAUUGUCCCUAUAAUGGACCAGCUAUCGAGUCAAACCCUUAUGGUGACUUAAGAUUAAAACUAAUUGAAGUUUGUGGACCACAAUUCGAAAACUCCAAAACAUGUUGUGCUGCAAAUCAAUUGGAAGAUCUGGAUAUCAAUACUAAACAAGUCGAAACAUUAGUUAGUUCAUGCCCCGCUUGUUGGAAAAAUUUUCUUAAUUUUUUCUGUACUUUUACAUGUUCUCCUAAUCAAUCAAUGUUUGUAAAUGUAACAUCUACUCAAGUAACUCAAUCCAACAAAACUAUUGUUACGAGUGUAGAUUUCUUUGUUGGUGAAGAGCACGGAAAAGGAUUUUAUGAUUCUUGUAAGGAUAUUAAAUUUGCUGCAACGAAUAGUUACGUAAUGGACUUUAUUGGAGGUGGGGCUAAAAACUAUCAAGAAAUGUUAGUUUAUUUGGGUACAGAAAGACCGAUGGGAUCACCAUUUCAGAUUAAUUUUCCACUGGAUGAUUCAUCUGACGCAAUGAUUCCUUUAAAUGAUCGAGUGAAAAAAUGUAAUGAUACAGACAUCAAUUAUCGUUGUUCUUGCGUGGAUUGUCAAUCUGUAUGUCCUAAUCUUAAACCAGCUCCAGAAGAAUAUCCUUCAUGUUAUGUAGGAUCAUUAAAUUGUUGGACAUUUGGAAUAAUUAUUAUUUAUGCUUUCUUAAUCAUUUCUGUUAUAAUAGUAUUUUGGAUUAAAAACAUACGAAAAUCGGAAUAUCCUGGAUUUGAAAGAGUCCCUCUUUUUGAAGUGAGAGAAGAUGAAUUAUUAAAUCCCGAAAAUUCACGACGUUAUUGGCUUAAUGAUCUUCUUCAAGAUUAUUUUUAUCAACAAGGAUUCAUAUGUGCAAAAUAUCCUUGGCAUACAUUAUUUUUAGCAGCUUUAUUUGUAUUUUUGGCUUCAACGGGUUGGACAUUUUUUGAAGUAGAAACUGAUCCCGUUCAUCUUUGGGUAGCUCCAAAUUCGGAUUCUGCACUUCAAAAAGAAUUUUUUGAUCAAAGUUUUGGACCAUUUUAUCGAACUCAACAAAUUUUUAUUACUAAUAAAGAUCCAACAAAAAGUAUUGUAUCAUAUGAUAAUCUUAAAACACUAUUUGAGAUAGAACGACAUAUUCGAGAACUUAAGUCUUCGCCAAAUACUUUAACUUUACAAGAUUUAUGUUUUCAUCCCAAUGGUGAUGAAUGUAUAGUACAAUCAGUAGCUGGUUAUUGGCAAUCUGAUAUUGAUAAUCUCGAUCCUGAUACAUGGAAAAAUGAUUUUGAAGCUUGUACAGCUAUGCCCUCGAUUUGUUUACCUGAUUUCCAACAACCUUUAAAACCUGAAUUGGUUCUUGGUGGUUUCGAGGAUAAUGAUUAUUUAUCUUCAAAAGCGUUCGUGUUGACUUUUGUAUUAAAUAAUUAUUUAGAUAAAAGUAAGAUCGUUUUGGCUGAAGAAUGGGAAAAAUCAUUAAGAGAAUACCUAUCUAACUUUACAAUUAUUAAUGAUUAUCUAAACACGACUCAACUUAGAAUAAGUUUCUCAACUGAGAGUUCUCUAGAGAUCGAGCUUAACAAAUCCACUAAUACUGAUAUCUUAACUAUAUCCAUUUCGUAUCUUGUAAUGUUCCUUUACGCAUCUUUGGCUCUGGGUAAUUUAACUACUUUUCCACGUACAAUCAUUGACUCGAAGUUCAUGUUGGGAAUUUGUGGGAUAGCUAUUGUCUUGGCAUCAGUUUCAACUUCAGUAGGAAUAUUUUCAUUUUUAGGAAUAAAGGUUACUCUGAUUAUUGCUGAAGUUAUUCCUUUCCUUGUACUCGCUGUUGGUGUGGAUAACAUUUUCAUUCUUAAUCAUGAAUUUGAGAGAUUAACAUUAAAAUCAUUGGGUAAUGAAUCGGUGGAAGUACGUAUCGCAAAAACCUUGGGACGUAUGGGACCUAGCAUUUUAUUAAGUGCAUUAAGUGAAACUAUUGCUUUCGGGUUGGGUGGUAUAGUUACGAUGCCCGCUGUAAGAAAUUUUGCUCUUUAUGCAGCACUAGCAGUUUGGAUAGAUUUUUUAUUACAAGUUACAGUAUUUGUGGCAUUCUUAUCUCUAGAUGCUAAAAGGCAAGAUGAUGACAGAAUAGAUUGCUUCCCCUGUGUAAAAGUGGAUGCUGCUCCUGAUCGGGUAGAUAGGGAGAGUCUAUUACAAAAAUGGAUGCGAAAAUAUUAUGCACCAUUAAUAUUAAAUCAUAAUGUCAAGAUAGCAAUAAUAAUAUUAUUUGUUGGAGUUUUUAUGGUUGGAUUAUGUUUUGUUCCUCAAGUGAAAUUAGGAUUAGAUCAACGAAUUGCACUUCCCAGCGAUUCUUAUCUAGUAGAUUAUUUUAACGAUUUGGAUGAUUAUUUCCUAGUUGGUCCACCAGUAUAUUUCGUUUCUAAAAAUGUUAAUGUCACAACACGUCAAGGACAAAAAGCCCUAUGUGGAAGAUUUGGUGCAUGUUCACAAUUAUCAUUAGCUAAUAUUCUAGAACAAGAACGAAAACGAUCAAAAGUUUCUUAUAUUGCAGAACCUACCGCGGUAUGGAUUGAUGAUUUCUUACAUUGGUUAAAUCCAUCACUUGAAAUGUGCUGUCGGUUUAAGAAAAAUUCCGGACGAAAUGAAUUGUAUGAAUUUUUACGAUACAUGAAUUUAUGGAUUCAAUCACCGCCAAAUGAGGAAUGUCCAUUAGCAGGAAAGGCAGCAUUUGGUGAUGCCAUAUAUAUUUCACCAGAAGACAAUAAAACAAUAAUAGCUAGUCAUUUUAGAACAUUCCAUACUCCAUUAAAAAGUCAACAUGAUUAUAUAGCUGCCCAACAUUCAGCAAAACGUAUUAGUAAUUUAAUUCAAAAAGAAAAUCCCGAUAUGGAAGUAUUUCCUUAUUCAAUAUUUUAUAUAUUUUUUGAUCAAUAUGAACAUAUUGUACGAUUGGCUGCUGAAAUAUUAAUAUUAGCAUUUAUAUCGAUUUGGAUAGUAACAUCUUUACUUUUAGGAACUUUUUGGACCGGAUUUAUAGUUGUAUGUCAUGUUAUAAUGAUUGUAAUAGAUGUUUUGGGAAUUAUGGCAUUAUGGAAUGUAUCCCUUAAUGCAGUUAGUAUGGUAAAUCUUGUAAUAUGUGUAGGAAUAGGUGUAGAAUUUUGUGUACAUAUAGUUAGAGCAUUUAUAGUUGGGGGAGAAGGAGUUAAUAGAGAUGAAAGAGCUCAUAGAGCAAUAGUGGAUGUUGGUAGUUCAGUAUUCUCCGGAAUUACCAUGACCAAGUUUUUCGGUAUAUUAGUAUUAGCUUUUACAAGAAGUAAAAUAUUCGAAGUAUAUUAUUUCAGAAUGUAUGUGUCGAUAGUGGUAGUUGGAGCUUUACAUGGUUUAUUAUUAUUGCCGGUAGUCUUAAGUUUGAUUGGAGAUGAAGGAAUGGGAAGUGGAGAAAAUUUUGAUUAUGAUAUGUUUGAUGAUGAAGAAAUGUUUGGAGGAAGGCCAAUUAGAAGGGCAGAUAAUAGAAUGUUGAUUGAUGAUGGAGGAAUUGAAAGUGGAGACAGUGAUGCUGAAGAGGCUUAA